GGUAGUGACAGAUGAAUUGUUAAAGGUUUCUCACAUUUUGGCAAUGGUGCGCGGUAGGCGGGCGCGGCGGCGUAUUAGGGCGGCAAGUGAGAGGCGAGAGGUCGAUAAGCAGUGUGGUGCGCUUAGUCGAGGAGGACGGUCGCGCGAGCGUAGGCCCUCCUCGCGCUACACGCGUUUUUCGCGCCUUCAGGAAACCACUCGCUGGCGACCGACAGCCGCCUGCUACAGACGCUACUCCACGACAACCCGCACUAACAACCAAGUGGUGGCAACGUCGAUGUAGGUCACAGGGGACUGCAGCCGGCACAAUGCAGAGCGCCAUGAAGCGCCUACGCGAUGUGGAUUGGGGGAGCAUGAGGCGCGACGGCCACAACAUCUUCACCAAGCUCAUCCGCACCAGGGACCCGCGCGACUCCGAGACCACGCAGGACAUCGCUGUGCCCGGCAAGCAGAAGCUUUCGCGUUGCCUGACGACGAUGGACCUGGUGUCGCUGGGUGUGGGCUCGUGCGUGGGCACGGGCAUGUUCCUGGUGUCGGGGCUGGUGGCCCGCAAGUUCGCGGGGCCCGGCGUCGUCUUCAGCUUCAUCAUCGCCGCGCUGGCCAGCAUCUUCUCAGGUGCAUGUUACGCGGAGUUCGGCGUGCGCGUGCCGAACACCACCGGCUCCGCGUACACAUACUCCUACGUAACCGUCGGCGAAUUUAUCGCCUUCGUCAUCGGCUGGAACAUGGUCCUCGAAUACCUGAUCGGAACGAGUGCGUGUGCACGCGCGCUGAGCGCCUGCUUCGACUCGUUGUGCGACGGGGCCAUCACGAAACAUCUGGCAGGGAUAUUCGGAACAGUUUUUGGAAAACCGCCGGAUUUCAUUGCGUUCGGGAUAUCGCUAUUGAUGACCGUAGUGCUGGUGGCGGGCGUGAAGAAGUCGCUCUUCUUCAACAACCUGUUGAACGCCGUCAACCUGUGCGUGUGGGUGUUCAUGAUUACGGCCGGCCUCUUCUACGCCGACACCAGUAACUGGACCGAGCAUGAUGGCUUCCUGCCUUACGGCUGGAGUGGGGUAUUCAGCGGCGCCGCUACCUGCUUCUACGCGUUCAUCGGCUUCGACAUCAUCGCGACCACGGGUGAGGAGGCCAACAACCCGAAGCGCUCCAUCCCGCUCGCCAUCGUGCUCAGUCUCGGCAUCAUCCUCGUCGCCUACGUCAGCAGCUCCAUGAUGCUCACUUUAAUAGUGCCAUACGACGAGGUGGACACGGACAGCGCGCUGGUGCAGAUGUUCGCGCACGUGCGCGCGCCCACGUGCAAGUACAUCGUGGCCGUCGGCGCGCUGGCCGGCCUCACCGUCUCCAUGUUCGGCUCCAUGUUCCCCAUGCCGCGCGUCGUCUACGCCAUGGCCCACGACGGACUCAUCUUCAAGAAGCUGGCCAACAUCUCGGAGGCGACGGGCACGCCGGCACUGGCCACGGUGUGCGGCGGCGCGGCAGCCGCACUCGUCGCGCUGCUCACGCAGCUAGAGGUCCUCGUGGAGAUGAUGAGCAUCGGCAUGACGACCAUUGACCCAAUGUUUGCUCUCAAUACCAUCGCUGAAGAAUACCGGGAUAAGAAAAAACCGCUGUAUAUGGCCUCGUGA